AUGAAAGCUGUUUUACUUGUCAGGUUUUUAACUAUUGCAACCAUUACAAUUGGUAUUGGUCUAUGUAAUGAAAAUCUGGGUGCCACUUGCAAAGAAGGCGAAAAACAAGCACUUCUGAAGUUCAAGCAAGAUGUUAAGGAUCCUUCAAAUCGGCUUUCAUCGUGGUUUGGUGAAGGAGACUGUUGCAAUUGGACUGGAGUUGUCUGUCAUAACUUAACCGGUCGCAUCCGUGAGCUCCACCUUCGUAAUCCCAACUCGUGGUCGCAUCUCGACUCUUGGAUAGAUUUCAACAAUAAAUCAACUUGGUUGGGUGGUAAGGUACACCGAUUCCUAGCUUCUUAG